AAACGCUGUUGUGCUCUACUGUCAUAGAUUGGAGGUGUUUGCAGAAAGCAAGACUGCUUUUAACCGAGACACGCUAUGUUGAGCAUAAAAAAUAGCAUGUUUAUUUAUUUAUUGGUAUAUUUUAUUUAAUCUGCAAACUGCCACUCGGUCCAACAGUCAAUAGGCUGCUGUUUCCUGGGGAUUGCUGAUGUAGGCGCAACCUGUGUGCGUCGGGAUAUUAGUCCGUGUCCGAGGGUUAAAUAGUUCUGUUUACAAAAUGGAUGAAUUUAAAGCCUGUAAUAUGCUGGACUACUUUCCAGAAAACAUUUUAAUUGAUGUGUUGUCGUAUUUGAGCGUGCGAGAGCUCGUCAGAGCCGGCAGAGUGUGUAAGAGAUGGAAACGCCUUGUUAAAGACCAAAGACUGUGGAGAUUUGUCGAUCUGACAGCAUGGAAAGGGGUGACAUCCCGCAUACUUUGGCUCCUGCUACGUCAGUACCUAGGUUGUGGACUAAGGUGCCUACGGUUACGUGGUCUGCUGCUUUCUGCCCGAGGGGGCACCUUUCUCUCUGAGUCUUGGCUCAGAGCUUUGUCCACAAAGUGCCCUCGAUUGAGUAAGCUCUAUCUUCUGCACGCAGACUUGCGAAGCCUGCCCAGUUGCCAGCUCCUACCUCCAUCUUUGCAGGUGUUGGAGCUGCGUGGGUGUGAGCUGCCUCGUGAAUUUUUCAACCAGACUCUUACUUCACCUGCUUGUUCCCAAGAAAGAGCUGAAGCCACAUCCAGUGUUGGUGCUCAACAGCAAGGAAGGGAUCGGAAAGGAAAAGGCCUUGGUUAUCUAUCAGGGAUUGCUAUUGGGAGGUUAGUUCUAAACAACGUGCCCUCAUUCACGGACCAGCAUCUGCAGAGUCUGACAUCAUGGGAGAGGCUCAGUCGUUUGGAGUUACGUGACACCUUUCGUGUGACGGCUAACGGGCUCAGGAGCAGUGCUGCUAAGGACGGCGUCUGUGGUGUGGAAGGGCUUUCCAGACUAAAGUUUCUGGAAAUAGGCAUCACUGGGCGGCAAGGCUACCAGUUACAGAUGGCCUCCCUUGGGCUGGGGGCAGGAUGGCUCGGGCUGGAGGAACUGAGUCUUGGGGGUAAGGAGGUGGGGCCAGGUUUGCUCUGUGCCAGCCGGCUGAAGGACCUGAAGUGUCUGUGCCUAUGGGCCUGCACGCUCAGCGAGAUGCAGAUAGUACGGAGUUGCAGGAUGCUCCGUGGGCUCCGCCAGCUGGAGUUUUUGGAUGUAAUCUUCCAGCCUCGGCAGUGCCCACCGGUAGUGGAGGGGGAGGGUGGUGGAGAAGAGCAAGACAAUGAGGAAGCUGCAGGUGGAGAUAACAGCAGUGAUGAGAACAAUACACUAGACAUGAAUGAUCCCAUUCCAAGUUUGCGUCGCUCACUGGCUGUCCUGCUGCCAUCCUGCACGCUAGUUUUCACCAACUGCUCUGUUCAGAUCAAUGCGGACUAAAUGAGGUCUCUACUGCUGUAUACAAGUGGCCAAUAUAGAUACAAUUCUUUCACACAGGCUGACAUAUGUGAUUUAUUGAAGCAUUAUGGGUAUAAUGAAUAACAUUUUUAUUAUUGUGUCAUGUUUAUAAUAUGCCCAGCAGACAUGGGCUCACAUGAUAUCUCAUAUUCACUGGAGCCAUCUCCAGAUAUUAUCAGAUACUCAGACAAUAUUUUUAUUUUCAAUAUUUUUUGAACUGCCAACUUCAGAAGCCAGAGGAUGAAACCCAGUUGUCAACUGUGCAAAAUAUCUUUGGCUUCUAGAUAAGAGAAAUAUUACACAUGAUUCAGGUCCAUACUUUUGGUUGAUAUGUACUGUAUAUGUCCUUCAUAUACCAUAUAUCAUUUUUCAUCAAACUUGAGUACAAUUUUACUUUAAUAGUGCUAUAUAUUUUGAUAUAGUACAUUCAUGGAAUAUCAAAUGAAAAAGUAACCAGACAGGAAUGUCUGUGGGCCAAUUCAACUAAUUAAAAAUACCUGACAAAUUAAGAUAUUUUAUCACAUUGAUAGAAAAAAAGAAAAUCCACAAAGCAGUCUUGCCUCUUUGAUUUGCAACUUUGCAUCAGAGAACCCUUAAAAAAGUUAGAGCUAAAGCAUUCUAAACAGUUUGGACAGUAGAUACAUUUAUACUGCCUUAAGGUAAAUCAGUGGGCAGUCUAACUUCCAAAUUUGUUGCUCAUAUUUGGAAAUAAGUAAACACACUCCUUAAAAACUCAAUCACAAUACUGCAUUAAACAAUAUGGGGAACUGUCACUGCUAGACUGUAAAAACACAAGCAGGUGUCGGCUACAAAGGCAGAGAACUGAAGCGUGUGCUGGCAAUGAUCCACCUGUUUCCUGUUUGUAAACUCCUUUUCAAAAAUGUAUACAUCAGAAAAGAUAUCUGAUACAAGCAAGUGUUUAGUAUCGGUGUUACAGAAAAAAAACAGCAUAACAUAUCAAGUAGUUUAUCAAUUCCCAAUUCUCCCCUACUUUCCCAUUUCUUUGCUGUAUGAUUUUUAGAAAUUAUAAAGUAGGAAAAGGUAAGAGUAAAUCUCUGUUUAUUGUAUUAAUGAGUAAAAACAUGGAAGAUCUGUGUCAUUGACGUGACUUGUGUUGCAUUGUUGCAAACCAACCAUUAACCUUCUUUAGAAUCAUAAAUGAAAAAUUGUUUUCAAUAAACCAAUUUUGAACAUU